AUGAAGGAGACCGUGGCUGGUGCUGAGCUUCCCCCAAAAGACACAGAAUCACAAAAAGCAGCCCGUCUUAGUCAAGGACACAUCAAAUUUCAUGCAAAGCAACAAUAUUGCUUGACUGCUGAAUGCAUUGAAGCUGCCGCCUCCAUCAAAAGCAAGCUAAAUCUGUCUGUGGACCCUUGUGAUAACUUUUUCCGAUUUGCCUGUGAAGGAUGGUUACAAGAUAAUCCAAUACCAGAAGAUCAUUCAAAUUAUGGAAUCUAUCCUUGGCUGAGACAUAAUGUAGAUCUAAAAUUGAAAGCUCUCCUUGAAAAACCGCUUAGCAAAAGACGAGACAAUGAAGCUGUACAGAAGGCCAAGAUACUUUAUUCUUCAUGUAUGAAUGAGAAUAAGAUAGAAAAAGCUGAUGCAAAACCACUUCUAAAUAUGCUGAAGCAUUCUCCAUUUCGCUGGCCUGUGCUGGAAUCAAACAUUGGGCCCGAAGGUCUGUGGUCAGAAAGGAAGUUCAGCAUGCUCCAAACCCUUGCUACUCUUCGCGGACAAUAUAGCAAUUCUGUUUUCAUCCGAUUAUAUGUGGCUUCAGAUGAUAAGGCUUCUAAUGAGCACAUCAUAAAGUUAGAUCAAGCAUCUCUGACUCUAUCAGCACGGGAAGACUACCUGGACAAUACCACAGAAGCUAAAUCUUACAGAGAUACCUUGUUCCAGUUCAUGGUUGAUACUUCAGUCCUUUUGGGUGCCAAUGCUUCACAUGCAGAGUUGGAUAUGAAGUCAGUGCUUAAAUUAGAAAUCAAAAUUGCUGAGAUAAUGAUUCCACAUGAAAAUCGAACCAGUGAAUCUAUGUAUAACAAAAUGAACAUUUCAGAACUCAGCAGCAUGAUCCCACAGUUUGACUGGCUGGCAUAUAUCAAGAAGGUGAUUGACACUAAACUCUAUUCUGACCUGAAGGACAUUGAUGCUUCAGAAAAUGUGGUUGUCCGAGUGCCCCAGUAUUUUAAAGAUUUAUUCAGGGUACUAGAAAGAGAAAGAAAAAAGACUAUUGCCAACUAUCUGGUAUGGAGAAUGGUUUAUUCAAGAAUAUUUAACCUCAGUCGACGUUUUCAAUAUAGGUGGCUAGAAUUUUCAAGGGUAAUCCAGGGAACAGCAUCUUUAGUGCCUCAAUGGGAUAAAUGUGUAAACUUCGUAGAAAGUGCUCUCCCAUAUGUUGUUGGCAAAAUAUUUGUAGAACUACAUUUCCAAGAAGAUAAGAGAGAAAUGAUGGCAGAGCUGAUUGAAGGAAUUCGAUGGGCCUUUAUAGACAUGUUGGAAAAUGAAAAUGACUGGAUGGAUUUGGAUACAAAAAGAAAAGCUGUUGAAAAGGCAAAAGCAGUUUUGGCAAAAGUGGGUUAUCCCGGAUUUAUAAUGAAUGAUACAUAUAUUAUAGAAGGAAUCAAAACAAUGAAGUUUUCAGAAAUAGACUAUUUUGGCAAUGUCCUUCAGACUCGCAAACAUGUGGCCCAAUCAGAUUUCUACUGGCUGAGAAAAGAAGUCCCCAAAACAGAGUGGUUUACUAGUCCAACAACAGUGAAUGCCUUUUACAGUUCAUCUACAAAUCAGAUCAGGUUUCCAGCAGGAGAACUCCAGAAGCCUUUCUUCUGGGGAACUGAAUAUCCCAGGUCAUUAAGCUAUGGUGCUAUUGGAGUAAUUGUUGGACAUGAAUUUACUCAUGGAUUUGAUAAUAAUGGUCGCAAAUAUGACAAGAAUGGAAAUUUGAAUCCUUGGUGGUCCUUGCAGUCAGAAGAAAAAUUCAAAGAGAAAACAAAAUGCAUGGUCAAUCAAUACAACAGCUAUUACUGGAAGAAAGCAGGGUUGAAUAUAAAAGGAAAAAGGACUUUGGCAGAAAACAUUGCGGAUAACGGAGGGUUGCGAGAGGCUUUUCGGGCCUAUAGGAAAUGGGUCAAAGAAAAGAGAAAAGGAGAGGAAGAGGCUGUACUACCAGGCAUUGACUUCACCCAUAAUCAGCUCUUCUUUCUGAGUUAUGCUCAUGUGAGGUGCAAUUCAUUUAAACCAGAAGCUGCAAGAGAACAAAUCUACACUGGAGUUCACAGUCCCCCUCAGUUCAGAGUUAUUGCUGCUAUGAGUAAUUUUGAGGAAUUCCGGAAAGCUUUCAAUUGUCCAGAAAAUACUACAAUGAAUCGAGGUGCAGAUUCCUGUCGAAUUUGGUAGUGCUUCCUCUGAAAUCCUGUGUAGAAAUCAUGUCUUCAUUUCACUGGCCUACUAUUGCUUCAGAAUUGCAUUGAUCAAGUGCAGACCAAUAUUAUUUUUCUGUGUAGCAUUCCCAUCCUGGUGCUUGACUCAACCAGAUCUGAUAUUGCUGAAUGGUUUCUCACAAGCACAGGAUAAUUCAAAAUGUAGUAUGUAAAAAAGAACAGCCAUUUUUUUUUUUAAAAGUGUCGUUUAUAAAGUUCAUAACCUGUAGAAAUUUG